AUGGAUGGUGAGUCCAAAAGCAGAAAGCUUAAGGAAGCCGAAAGACUAAGAACAAAGGCAACAUUUCCGUUCAGUCUGUUUUCGUCGCCAGACUAUGAUGCAUCUGCAGAGAUAUUUAUGGAAGUAGGAAACAUGGAGGAGGAUAUAUCUGGGAAGGUGGGGUACUAUGAGGAGGCAGCAAGAACAUAUGAGAUGGGAGAUGGGGAGUAUGGGAGAUAUCAGGCAUCGCAGGUAUAUGAAAGGAUAGCACAGAUGUGCGAGGACGAGUAUCCCGAGAAGUCUAUUGCGGCAUACAAGAGGUCUGGGAUGUAUUCCAAGCAAUGUGGACGGGAAAGCCUAGCAGCCAUAAGCUUUCAAAAGGCAUCUGAGAUGCUGAGAAAGCAAGGGGAUCUCGAUGGAUGCUUAGAAUGUUUACAGAAGGUUGCCGAAUGCUACUGCGGAAGCAACUGGAAGCACCAUAAAAGAAAGGCAAUGAGGGAUAUUGCAGAUGUAUAUAUAGAUCUCGGAAGGUACGGGCUAGCAGCUAAGAUAUUCCUGGGCUUUAAGGAAAAUAUAUAUACCUUCUGUGCAUUUCUUUGCCAUACGAUCGAGGGAUCACCUUUAGAUCUUGAUGUUAGUGGAGACGAAAAGGAAGUAUGCGAUGCACUUGAAAGAGAUUUCAACGAGGCUCAUAAAACGAUAGAAGAAUAUAUCACAACACAUGCAAUGAUUUCUGAGGUAAGGAAGCUGCUUGGGAUUGUCAAGGAGAAGCUCAAGCCCGAGAACGAUAUUCUGUAG